AUGGCGCUCAAGUUUUUGAACAAGAAGGGGUGGCACACGGGGAGUCUGCGCAACGUGGAGAAGGUGUGGAAGGCGGAGCAGCGCGAGGCGGACGAGCGCAAGAAGGUGGACGAGCUGCGCAAGCAGAUCGCGGACGAGCGCGAGGCGGAGGAGUUCCAGCGCCUGCGCGAGCAGGCGGGGCUCGUCCCGCUGCAGCAGCGGGUGGACUUUCUGUAUGAGUCAGGGCUGUCGACCGGCAAGGGCAUGGAGGGAGGGGGCAUGGGCGGCAUGGGAGCGGCGUCAACGGACGAGCUCAUGUCGCAGAAGGUGGACUUCUCCGCUUCCGCGCACACAGGCGCUCCUCCCCCCAUCUCCAAGGCGUCCACUGUCCCCGGCUCUCUGUUCGAAGCGGAUGGGGAGCAGGGCGAGGGGCCGCCAGUGGUGACCGCGAACGAGAUGUGGCGGCGGUUGCACUCGGACCCUCUCGUGCUCAUCCGCCAGCGCGAGCAGGAGGCGCUGACCCGCAUCAAGAACAACCCCGUUAAGAUGCAGAUGAUCCGCGCUCAGGCUGAGGCGGUUAAGGGGAAGACACAAAGCAAGAAGGAGAGGAAGAGGGAGAAGAAGGAGAGGAAGCGGAAACGCAAGGAGGAGCGGCGGGCGCGGAGGGAGAGGAAGAAGCGGAGGAAGCAGAGCGAGAGCGAGAGUGAGAGCAGCAGCAGUGGCAGCGACAGCGAUGGCAGUGGGAGCGAGGGGAGGGGGGAGGAAAGGCGUGGUGGGGCCAGAGGGGGAGGGGAAGGGAAAAGGGAGGGAGGGACAGGGCAGGGUGGGAUGGGGCAGGGAGGGAUGGAGAAGCGUGGCAGGGAGAACGGGCCGGAAGUGGGUAGUAGAGGGGAUGAUGCAGGUGAGGGGGGGAGGAGGCAUGGUUGGGAAGGUGAGAGAGGGAGCAGGGAGGCUGAUGGCUGGGGGGGGAGGUUUGAAGGAAGUGUGGGGUGGAGUGAUCGGGGUGGCAGGGAGGGGAGGCGUGGCAGGGAUUAUGAGGAGGGGAGGAUGGAGCGUGCGAGAGGGGUGGGUGGAGAAGGGGAAAGGCGAGUGAGGGAGGAGCUGAGGGCUGGUGGUGGUGGGAGGAGGGAUGGGGAGGAGAGGAGUGAGAGGGGAGGGAGAGGUGACUGGGAAGGGAGAGGCGAGAGGGAGAGGAAUGCUCAGGGUAGGAGUGAGAAAGAGAGGUAUGUGAGGGAGAGGAGCAAGAUGGCAGGAGGGGACGAGAGGGAGAGGUAUGGCAGGGAGAGGAGUGAGAGGGGAGGUGGGGACGAGAGAGAGAGGUAUGGCAGGAGGGGGAAGGAUAAGGAUGUGAUUGAGCCAGUGGGAAGAGGGGGGCGAUGGGAAGAGCAAGGGAGAAGAGUGAAGUCGGGACGAGAAGCAGCACUUGCACAGGAGAUAGAGGAAGGGAAAACGAGGCAUGUUGAGGAAGGGAGAGAAGGGAGGGAGGGAGGAAGAGAGAGGAGGGAGGGACGGAGAGGUGAGGCAGCAGAGGUGGUGAGAGGCGCGAGGCAGAGGCAUGACAGCCCUUCAGGGAGUGAGGGGGAGAAUGAUGGUGUGGGUGAGCGUGGGGGUGCGGGUGGCAGGGGUGGCAGUGGCAGGAGUGCAGCGCACACAGCACAGGAGGGUGGGGAGAGGAGUGGAGAUCUGGUGGCGAGGACAGGAGGCACGAGGCAGAGGCAUGACAGCCCUUUGGGAGGCACGAGGCAGAGGCACGACAGCCCGUCAGACGGCAGCGAUGGGGAGGGGCGCAGAGCAGCGCCUCUCUACGGCCUCUCCUUCCACCGCAUGGCCCCCUCCCCUCCUCGCACCGCCCCACCUGCACCCUCUGCCCGUGCACCGUCACCUGCUGCUGCUGCUGCUGCUGCUGCCCCUCUGGAGUCUGGUGUUGUGGCAGGUGCAGGCAGGAGAGAGGAGGGCCUUGGUAGUGGCAGCCAGAAUAGGCCGGGGGGUGGGUGGCAGGGGCGGCAAGGGCGGCAGAAAAUGACGGAGGAGGAGAGGCGGCGGCGGCUGGCGGAGAUGGAGGAGAAUGCGGAGGCGGUGGAGUGGGAGAGGCGGGAGCGCAUCCAGUGGGCGGCGCAGCGGGAUGCGCGCGAGGAGCAGAAGAGUGAUGCUGCUGCCCCCCGUGGGACCUUCCUCCGGGAGGCGCAGAAGGAGGUGUAUGGGGCCGGCAGUGGGGCGGCAGGGGAUGCGGCUCUGCAGGCAGCAGCGGGCACGGGCAUGUCCAUAGAGAGCAGCAUUCGCCGCCGCUCACACUUCCUGGAGAAGGGGAGGGGCGAUUCAAGUGCUGAACCGAGCACAACAGCAGCUGAACCGAGAGCGACAGAAGUUGGACCGGACAAGCAUCAGCAGCGCGCGAUGGCGGAGGACGCGGUGGAUCGGCAGCUGGCGCUGGUGGUGGAGAUCGAGGAGGCGGGGCGUGCCGCCAAGGUGCAGCUCGAGAACUGCCUGCUUCUCAGCGACCGCCUCGGUAUCCUGCGACCGUUGCUCAAGGUUAGCCGUCGAUCCUCCGACCGUGUUGAAUUAUAUCCGUCGAUCUUACCACUUCCUACUGCCAAGGUGCAGCUCGAGAAUUGCCUGCUGCUCAGCGACCGCCUCGGCAUCCUCCGCCCACAGCUCAAGGACAUGCGGCUGUGGUUGGCGGCGGUGCAGAUGAGUCGACAGCAGGUCGCCAUCGACGCCAUCCUGCUGCGCCUCGAGAGGUGCGCUCGCCUGCCGUCCCUUGCUGAAACCUCGGAACGAGCUUUGGCAGCGUUGGUGCUUGAUAGGGACAUCUCCGGGGAUGCAGAGAAUACCACUGCUGGGUUUGCUGCGUUGGUGCAUCCACGCAUGCAUGGAUCCAUCCGUGCAUCGGCCUCCCUCUCCCUCGCGGACUGCCUGGCGGACCUAGCAGCCCAGGCCGCCUCUACGCUUCCCGAAGCUGCCAAGCAGGCUCGGGCCAUCCAGGCCGAGAUCCAGCAGCUGAGGUUCGUGCCAGCUGGCAAGCAGGGACAGGCCCAGCUGGCAACAGUAUGCGGGCAGGCGACAGAGCAGCAGCGGCUGCUGCAGCAGCUGCGUGCGUCCGUCUCCUCGCUGCUCUCCCAGCUGCGGCACUCCCAAGGCGCCAGCUGCCGGGGUAACUGCAGUGGUGGUACCUGCAGCGGUGACUGCAGGGGUAGCAGCAGGAACGGAGACGGCAGGAGCGUGGGCGGAAGGGGUAAUGCGGGGUGGGAGAAGGUACGGGGGGUUGUGCUGCGGGAAGGGAGCAGGGAGCAGGUGGAAGGGGAGUUGGUGCGGGUGCUACAGCAGGUGGAGAGAGAGGCAGUGGUGGUGGGCGUGUUGAAAGCUCUGUGCUUCAAGUGCGGGUGGAUGGAGGAGACUGUAGUGAAGAAGCUUAUAAGGUAUCUGGGCGAGCAGAGGCGUGUGGUGGGCACGCAGCGGUGGGCUGUGGAUGAGAUUCAGCAGUGGCUCAGGCGGCAAGACCUAUCAGCUGCUGACACGUGUUCGGAUUCCCUGAGUGGAGUAUUGUCGAUUAGUGAGGGUGGAGGGGUGGGAGACGGAGAGGAGGAGAGCGUGGGAUGGAUGAAGGGAGAAGGGCUGAGUGGGGGGGUGGGGGGGAGAGGGACGGGGAGGGGAAUGGAGAGAGGGGAGGAGGGGAAGGGGAGGGGGAGGGAGGGCAAGGAGGGGAGGGAGGGCAAGGAGGGGAGGGCGGAGCGGGAGAUCCUGGAGGCGUGUGAGGCGAUGAAAGGCGCUGGCGAUGAGGUGGCGUCGUGGGAUUUGCGGUUGGGGAGGCGCGCUGCUGAGCUGGCACGGGACGUGGUGAGGAGCCUGCGGCUGCGCAUGGCGGAUCACCAGAAGGCGCUGCAGGUGGGCGUGGGCCGGGCGGCAUGUGGGCAGGAGGGGAGGGACAUGUGGGCCAUAGGAGUGUCAUGUGUGGAGGAGCCGUGGCUGGCGCUACUGGCAGAGGAGCUCGCCGCCCACCCGGACAUGUGGGCCAUAGGAGUGUCAUGUGUGGAGGAGCCGUGGCUGGCGCUACUGGCAGAGGAGCUCGCCGCCCACCGCGACGACCUCCGGGAGGUGGCUGCGCACGUCACUGCUGUCGACGCCGCUCUUAGCAGGGCUGCUUAUAACGAGGCACAGGAGGCAGGUGCAGUCGAGGGGAACGCUGCGUGUGGUGGGGCAGGAGGUGAGGGGGGGAUGAAUGGUGCUGGUGCGAGGGGGAGUGACGGGUGGGAGAGAGGGGGAGGGAAGGGGAGUGAGGGAGAGGAGGGGAUGGGGAGGGGCGCGGUGGGGGUGGCGGAGCGGUAUGGGGAGCUGCAUGAGUGGCAGCGCGCGCUGAGGGACCUGAGCAUCCAUGUGAGGGGCGUGCGGCGCCAGGCCAACACCAUGCAGCGCCUCCUGCUCACCGUUGAAGCUGCCUCUGCCGCUGCCGCCGCCGCCGCUGCUGCUGCUGCUUCAAGGGGAAACAGUGCUGUGAGUGGGACAGGAGCUAGUGGGAGCAGAACGCCGGGGCGUGGGGGUCGGGGGCGGGGAGAGAGCGAUGUGGGGCCGCUGCUGGCGCGGAUGGAUGGCGACCUUCGGCAGUAUGUGGCGGAGCUGGUGGGGCAUGCGGGUGUGGCGGGCGGCGUGCUGAGUGUGCUGGAGGAGGAUUUGGACGAGGCGGAGAGGCGAGGGGAGGAGGCGGAGAACAAGGGGGAGGAGGCGGGGGAAAAAGGGGAGGCGCAGAGGAGGGGCAAGGCGGAAAGAGGAGAGAAAGAGGAGGGCAGGCGGAAGGAAAUGGAGGGGAGGGGAGUGGGGAAGAGGACGGAGUGUGGAACUGCGGGGAAGAGGGGGAAGGAGAACGCACGUGAAGCAGGGACGAGGGAUAAAGGAGAAUUUCGAGGCACAGGUGCAGCAGAGGUGCUGAGAGAGAAUGGGCAGGCGCGGGUGGCUCCGAAUGCAAGCAGCCGUGAAGAGAGGGGCAGGGAUGACGUGGCUGACGUGGCUGAUAUGGGUGGUGUGGGAGAUGCGAGGGAUGGGGCGAUGGAGUUGGCGGGUCGGCGUAGGCACGAGCAGUGUGAGGGGAAUGGCGCAGGGCGGGAUGACGGAUGGAGGGAAGGGGGCGGCAGGAGAGCAGAGCACGGGGGAGGAGAGAAAUUGGCGGCAGGCGGGGUAGUAAGGGGAGAGGGAGUAGGAGGGGGAGGCACUGGGGAUGGGGCCGGAAGAGGAGAUGCUCGUGAGGAUAAGGGUGAGGGUGCUGGUGAUGGUGUUGGCAGGGGUGCUGAUGGCGGGGUUGGGGCGGUGGGUUUUGAGGGGUGUGUAAGAGCGGGAGAGAGGGGCGGAGGAGGCGAGGGAGAGGAGGCGAUGGGGGAAGGGGAGGCGGCGUUGGCGGCGCUGGUGUCGGCUCUGUGGUACGGCAGUGAGGAGGACCAAGAGGCUGCUGCCGAGGCUGUCCUGGAGGGCUGUGACACGGGCGCCAUCACCGCCACGCCCUCCCUUGCAGCGCGCACACUGUCGGGCAAAUGGCAGCCUGCUCUCGCUGCCGCCCUCAAGCCGCCCUCCUCCUGCCGCCCGCCUGUCGUACAAUCAGCUGUCGCCACGUCACUCGUGUGCCUGGCUGUUUCUGACGAGCUGCGGACUGCUCUGGCCUCCCAGGGGCUUCUUCAGGCGCUGCUGCUGCAGGUGCAGAAGCCACACCGCUUGAUUCUCAGCCGCUGCGUCUUUGCCCUCGGCCAGCUGGCGCGCUGUGAUUCGAUGCGCUGCCACGUCACCGAUUCGGGGUCCAUGUCGUUCCUCGUGCCUCUGCUGCGCUCCAAGUUGCACAACUCUCCCACACCUUUCCUAUGUGAUCGCAACUCCUCCCCCACCUCUCCCACCCACCAAUCCGAUCCCUACGUGUCCGGUCGUGAUUGUCAGGACGUGGAGGUGCGAGAGUCAGCCGCCCUGCUCUUCAAGAACAUGGUCUUCCGCGACCCCCCUCAGGACAGCCAAUCGCUGCUCGCCACACGGGCGUGCGUGGUCAAGCACGGCGCGGUCCCCCUGCUCCUCUCCGCCCUCUCCAUUCAAACCGCUCUGCACCCCGCUGACACCUCCAGCCUUGACACCUCCAGCCGCACCACUGGUACCAGCUCAACUAGUGCAGAGGCACAUGAGUCAGCAGCAGAAGCAGCGGCGGCGGCGGCAGCAGCGGCAGCAAGGGCGUGCAUGAGUGGAGAGGCAGAAGAGUACAUGCUGGGGGUAGUGGGCGGAUUGGCUCAGAGCCGUCGCCCUGCCGUGCCUCUGCCCACCAGGAAGCUCAUCGCCUGCAUCAUUCCCCACCUCGCGCACCCCUCCACCCCCACCGUUCGCAUCUACGCCCUUGCUGCCCUCGCUGCCCUGGCCAAGGUCGACCCGGAGGGUGAUUGUAACGGGGGUGGCAGUGUGGAGGGGGCGGUGAGGAGGGUGGGGGGAGUGGAGAGGGAGGAGAGGGCGGAGGGGGGUGUGGUGGCGGUUGUGGAGUUGGAGGGGUUGGGGGCGGUGCUGCAGGUGGUGAGGGAUACAGCGGUGGGGGAGAGAGUGCGCCUGCAUGCCGUCUCAGUGCUCUGUGCCAUUGCCGGCCUCAAAAGCAGUCUCCCUCACAUCCCCUCUCCCCUCUCCUCACCUCCCCCCUCCCCUCCCCUCACCUCCCCUCCCCCCACCUCCUCCCUCCUCUCCCCUCACCGCCCUCUCUCCUGCAGGCACUAUCGCUCACUCUUAGCCUUAGAGGGCGGCCUCCUGCAGAAGCAGCUUCCCAACCCGCUCCUCAACCUCCCUCACCUGCCCCCUCCCCUCUCCACCACCCUCUCUCUCCUCCAGGGACUAUCGCUCACUAAUCGCCUUGGAGGGCGGCCUUCCCCCGCUCGUCGCCCUGCUCUCCCCCGCCUUCCCUCUCGACCUGCGCCUUCUAUCCGCCACCACACUGCGCCUCCUCUCGCUCUCCCCCGUCGUGCGCCGCUCAAUCCUCCUCACGGGCGCGCUGCUCCCUCUUGUUGA